AUGGGUCGUUCCAGACAUUGGUCAGAAGAACAGUGUACCUUGAUUAAAACGUUGAUUGGAGAGGGGAAAACAUAUAAAGAAGUGAAGAAAUGAUAGGCUGCUCAGCUAAAAUGAUUACAAAUGCUUUAAAAUGCAACCAAAACCUGAAAGACGUGGAAAAAAACUACCAUUCGAUAACAACUGCAUGGAAAACAGCAAAUGGCAAGGACUCAGCCAACAAUCAGCUCCAGGAAGAUCAAAGAAGGUCUAAAGUUACCUGUGAGUACUGUUACAAAUUAGAAGACGCCUAUGUGAAGCCAAGCCUAUAUGUGCAAGAAGCCCCCCCUGCAAAGUCCCACUGUUGAAAAAAAGA